CAUUGGCAUUUGUCCGUAUAAAUGCAUCCAAUUGGAUUGGACGCAAGUAAUAAUUUAUUUUUAAUUUAAUUUUCGACGGACUGACUUAUUGGACUAUUCCUUCCCUUCCCGGGCGGUCGGUCUGGUCUCAACUUCAUCUUCGUCACUGAGAAAGGAGCAGCUGAGCUGGCCGGAGCUCUUACAACUCGACCUUUGGCUCUGGGGACGCUUCUUCAAUGGCGGCGAGCAGCGACGCCAACCAUGACGGCUCCGACGAGCAGCAGAAGCGCUCGGAGAUCUACACCUACGAGGCGCCCUGGCACAUCUACGCCAUGAACUGGAGUGUCCGCCGGGACAAGGAGUACCGCCUCGCCAUCGCCAGCCUCCUCGAGCAGCUCCCCAACCGCGUCGAGAUCGUCCAGCUCGACGACUCCACCGGCGAGAUCCGCCCCGACCCCGCCCUCUCCUUCGACCACCCCUACCCCCCAACCAAGGCCGCCUUCGUCCCCGACAAGGACUCCUCCCGCCCCGACCUCCUUGCCACCUCCAGCGACUACCUCCGCGUCUGGCGCCUCUCCGACGACUCCUCCGCCUCCUCCCGCGUCGAGCUCCGCAGCCUCCUCAACGGCAACAAGAACUCCGAGUUCUGCGGGCCAAUCACCUCCUUCGACUGGAAUGAGGCCGAGCCCCGGCGUAUCGGGACCUCCAGCAUCGACACCACCUGCACCAUAUGGGACAUUGAGAGGGAGGCCGUGGAUACUCAGCUUAUUGCCCAUGACAAGGAGGUCUACGACAUCGCCUGGGGAGGUGUUGGGGUCUUUGCCUCCGUCUCCGCUGAUGGUUCCGUUAGGGUUUUUGAUCUCAGGGACAAGGAGCACUCCACUAUCAUCUACGAGAGCUCCGAGCCGGACACUCCUCUCGUUCGACUGGGCUGGAACAAGCAGGACCCUAGGUACAUGGCCACGAUCAUCAUGGACAGUGCGAAGGUGGUCGUUCUCGACAUUCGUUUCCCCACACUGCCGGUUGUGGAGCUGCAGAGGCACCAGGCAAGCGUCAAUGCAAUCGCUUGGGCCCCGCACAGUUCUUGCCACAUCUGCACUGCUGGGGAUGACUCGCAGGCCUUGAUCUGGGACCUCUCUUCAAUGGGCCAGCCGGUUGAGGGUGGGUUGGACCCAAUCCUUGCCUACACCGCUGGGGCUGAGAUCGAGCAGCUUCAAUGGUCAUCCUCACAGCCUGACUGGGUGGCCAUUGCCUUCUCUUCAAAGCUCCAGAUUCUUAGGGUAUGAUUGAUGGUUGAGGAGUAUCCGGGAAUCACUUUUCUCGUAGCAGCAUCUGUUUGGACAUCUGGCCUUGUCUGGUAUCAGGAUCCUUUCUUUUGUCAAAUUCACGUUAGCUGGAAUGCCUGAUUCCCUUUGCCUGCAAAAUGUAGUUAAACACUCGUAGCAGCAUCUUUUAGGAUAUCUUGGCUUUUCUGGUAUCAGGAUUCUUUCUUUGGCAAAAUUCACAUUAGCUGGAAUGCCUGAUUCCUUGGGCCUGCAAAUUGUAGUUAAACACUCAUAGCAGCACCUGUGAGGAUAUCUUGGCUUUUCUGGUAUCGGGAUUCUUUCUUUUGUCAAAUUCACGGUCGCUGGAAUGCCUGAUUCCCUUUGCCUGCAAAAUGUAGUUAAACUGUGAUUAUGCUGUUAGUGGCUAUUCUUGGUGGUACAGUGCUUAUCUCCGGCUAUUCUUAGAUGUCAUGUCCUGUGAUUUAUUGCUCUUUAAAAGCUAAUAUAUCGUCAUGAUAAAUGAGAGUAAGUGUUAAAUUUC